UCUGAAACCUACACUUGAACCCUCAGAUUCACUAUCUUCAAAGAGCAACUCCCAAUAGGUCUUAAGUUAAAUCUUGCAAACACAUGAUUUGAUGGUUUUAACUGCACGGCCUAAAGGUUGUUAGCUUGUCACAUCCCAAGUCAAUUUGAAAUGUCUCUUGUCUCCUUUGCACUAAUGUCUUAUCACAGUGAGAGUUGCUUCUGCACAAUUCACUGCAUUAGGUAGGCUGUGAAUGUGAAUCUGCCCUGUGAGACUGACCCUGCAAAGUUCACCUCAUAUUUUCAAUCCAUGCAUUGCUGCUAGACCGAGUGCCUUGAUGAAGGGACUCGGCUCGAAACAUCAGGUGUUUACUCUUUUCCAUAAAUCCUGCCUGACCUGCUGAGUUCCUCCAGCAUUGUGUGUGUGUGCGUGCGUGCAUGUGUGUGUGUGAGAGAGCGCACAUGCGUGCAUGCUACUUUGGAUUUCCAGCAUCUACAAAAUUCUCUCAUGUUUUUCGCUCAGAAUCACUUAUUGAUACUCGUCAGCUGUUGCUUGUAGGGCCUGUCCCAUUGCUCGCAGCACAGAGCCUUUACUCUCGACUCCAUUCCAAUUUAGAAGUCCAGCCCUUCCAGCACAGACCUAUUUCCUGAUAAUGCUUCCACGCAGAGUCUGGACAGAUACCAGUUCCCUGUUUCCACAGUGCAACAUGUGAAGGAACGGCCCUUGUGCAAUUUCCAUUCAGUGUCACUGUGCACCGAGUCAAGAGCCUUACUAAAUCUUCAAGUCAAAUUUAUUAUCCCAGUACAUACUGUUUAUAUCACCAUAUACAACCCAGAGAUCCAUUGUCCUGUAGGGACGCAAGAAAACAAAGAACUAAAAUAGAAUGUAUGUAACCUAUACAUAAACAAUGGCCGACAACCAAUGUGCAAAAGAAGAUGCGUUAUGCAAAUAAAUAAAUAAAUGGAAGAAUAGAUAGAUAGACAAAUGGAAGUUAAAUGGAAAAUAAAUAAAUAAAUACAUGAAUAGACAUAUGAAUGGAUAAAUGAACGAUUGAUUGAUACUGAGAACCUGAAUGGUAGAGUCCUUGAAAGUGAUACUGCAGAUUGUGGAAUCAGUUCAAAGCUGAAUGAGUGAAGUUACCCACACUAAAUAACUUCGCUCAGGGACCACAUUGAACCAACUCAUGAACAAACCCACGUUAUUUCUCUUUUACACUAUUUAUUUACCUUUUUACUAUACCUUAUAGUUGUGACUGCACUUUACUGCUGGCACUCAACAAAUUUCAGGACUUACGUCACAGAUAAAAAACAUGAUUCUGCUUCUGAUCCUCUGUAGCUGCUGAUGAGUUUCCCGUCCCUGUGGCCGCUCUGCCCAUCUGUGAUAUGUCAGACACUUUAACACGGCAAAACAAAGCCACUAUAAUUGGGACAUGAUUGUAUUUUAAAGAAUGCCAGACUCUCCAGAGCCAGAUGUUGAAGAGCAACACUGCUCAUUCUGAAAUAGGAGCUUGUCCCUUGCUCCCAACUCCAGCCACUUUCCCAGGAUGUGCUGACAUUAAUAUCCUGGGAUUUGUGAGACGCACUUGCUGUUCAGAUGGCCCUCAGAGAUUCAGGCCGCCCUGCCCACAAUACAGAGGCAGAUCCCGUCACUAAUUCCCCCUGUAGCCGGGCACACGUCUAUUGUGCUGUCAGUGAGUUGGGGGAUUGGCUGGUGAGUGUGGGAACUCGAGUGGGAGCGGAGCCCCACACUUUGUCAUGCUAAUACUGGCCUUUAAAUACAGCAGCUGCCCAGGCCGGCCUCAGGGAGCUGGGUCAGUCAGUGCCUCUCACUCACACAGUCCACGGUGGGCUUCACCUUCACGCUCAGCCCCACAGACAUGUCUCCGGGCACCGCUGCCAAUCAGCGCCUGAGGGAAGGCACCAAACCCAGGGUCAGCUGCAGAGAGCCAUGUGGGCUGAUGAAACCCGCGGUGCAGAAACACCGCAGAGAUCACAUCAACAGAAGCAUCGUGCAGCUGAAGGGAUUGUUGGAGAGAGAGUUUCACUCCGAGCCGAACUGCAGACUGGAGAAAGCCGAGAUCUUGGAAAGAUGUGUGAGCUUGCUGGGGCACCACUACCUUGUUGCCUUCAGUUCCCAGGCCAGACAGCCCCUGCAGGGCUACAACGACGGCUACACCCGCUGUCUCCAGGAAGCCCUCUGCUUCUUGUCCGCACGCCAGACCCGAGGAGCCCGAACUACUGCAAUGCCUCCGAGGAAAGAGGGGGGAGUGUAAAGGACUACAUACCCACACUAUGAAUCCACCCCACACCACCUCCAGUCGGCUCGCAGCAAACAAGUUAGAUCUCCCAGCACCAGGACCCUGGCAAUUCUGAGCCUUGCCGAGUGGGACAGCGGAAUCGCUUAUAUACCGAGGACAUGUCAGAAAAGCUCUUCCCAAGUCUUUGUGUUGUUUUGUCAUAUUGACAAGUGUCUGUGAUUGUAAAUCGAUGAUUAAUGUUACUGUAAUUGAUUGGGGCUGUGGCUCCCCUGGCGUGGGUUGGGUCUGCCUGUCUUCCAGGUUGACCCCCAUUCCAGUGAGCUGCGGGAAGGGAGGGAGUUGGGGGUCGUAGUUGGAUUCUGGUUAACGGCUGGCGUUAACUCCGCCGCGUAAUACAACGCUGGCAUUAACCCCACAGCCCGUUUCCACCCCCUCCUCCCUGUCGGCACACCGCAGACAGUGGAGAGAGAGAGGGCAAAAGGGCGGAUAUCCUAAUAAGUUUCAGCUCUUCUCCCUACGCCAUUCCCCUCAGGACACUGCAGGUGUGCCGGGCACUUGGACCGCGAAGAGACAGACCCUGGUACACUGGAGCCCGAAAUACGGAGUAUUUGUGUUGUUUUGCCAUAUUGACAACUGGCGGUGACUGUAAAUCGAUUGAUUAAUGGUAAUUGCCGGACGCUCUGGUUCAGCUUGGUAAAGGGGAUUUUAUCUCAGUGCCGGGGAUUU